AACUCGGUGCCCCCGGCAGCGGUCUCACGCACGGGCAGCGAGCCAGACUCACACGUGGGCCCACCAAGGCCCAAACCCAAACCUUCUCCUGAACCCUUCCCAACCCGAGCGCCGCCGCCGCCAACGCCUUUGCGCUCGGAGCAGGAGGAAGAAGAACAGGCGGACCGAUCUCGCAGUCGCAGCGAUGGCGGGCGGGGGAAUGCUCGGGGGCGCUUUCUGGGCGACGCGGGCGCUGGAGGUGGUGAAGCGGAACGACGGACCGGGCCUGCUGUGGAAGCGCAUCAAGCUUACCACCACCCGCAAGAACAACGCCAAGAAGCGCCUCAAGCGGCUCUGGCAGAAUGAGGCAGUUAUAAGAGCCUGUGGACAAUCAGAAUCUUCGUCAGCAUCAAACACUGCUUCUGCAGCUGCAAAACAACAGUAGCUUGAUGAAAAGUCAAUUAGUGACUCAAGGAAGAGCUCAUACGCAACCAGAAAAGGUCAAUGACAUGCUGAGGCGUGAGGCCUGAAUUAUUUCGCCCCAAUAUUUUGAGUUUCCAGUCGUCCACAAAUUGGAAACAAAUGUUGAUGUAUAAAUCCACUUUCGUAAUCCAGAGGACAUCAUUGCUUGCUACCAUGUGCCACUCUGCCCCCUCCGGAAUUCCGUCGUUUUCGGUUUCGCCGUUUCCAUGUUCUCCGAAAACUGCUACUUAUGAAUAUGUUCGCUUUCCUCCAUUCUAAAUCAUGUCUAGGUCACUCGUAGCUACUAUUCUGCUCCUCCUGCUGAUAUGCUAUUAUAUGCGGUAAUGUAAUGCAUUGCACCGGUUCC